AUGCCUUCAGCCAGCCCCCCGCCAACAAAGGCCGGCCUCCUCAAGUGGUGGACUCAGUUCACCAAUGCGCAGAAUCGCAAAAAGGAUUCCGACCCAAGUAAAGCUGUAGGUCAGGAGGAACAUCCGGUUUUUCAGAAACCGCUCAAGGAGAGCCUGAGAUAUGCAAGCGUGCAGAUUUCGACCGCCAAUGCGAAUGGUGAGCUGUAUGUCUGGGGGUACAUCCCCGUCGUCGUAGCGAAAUGUGGCCUGUAUCUCAAAGAAAAUGCUACAGAGAUAGAGGGGACGUUUCGUGUCAACGGUUCUACUAAGCGCAUGCGAGAUCUACAAGCCGCUUUCGAGACACCUCCACGCUACGGGAAAUCUUUGGACUGGAAGAACGAACACUUUACGACGCAUGAUGUCGCAAGCGUCUUUCGCAGAUAUUUAACUCAGAUGCCUGAACCUGUAAUACCACAUGAUAUGUAUCACGAUUUCCGGGAUAUUUUGGAAAAGAAGCCAUUCAACCAUGAUGAAGUGAUUGCAACGUACAAGCGCCUAAUCCGGCGUAUGCCCCGUGCAAACCAAUACCUUCUUCUCUACGUCUUGGAUCUAUUAUCAGUAUUUGCACGAAAAUCAGAUAAGAAUCUUAUGACAGCAACAAAUCUGGCAGUGAUUUUUCGGCCCGGCCUUAUAUCCCAUCCUAACCAUGAACUGUCCCCGGGGGAGCACGCGCUGAGCCAACGUGUUCUCGAAUUCCUGAUCGCGCAGCAGGAUUGGUUCUUACUUGACAUACCACCGCCACCACGAUCGGAACCGAGCUCCUUAUGGAACCCUCCCCCACGGCCCCACCAUGCGCACACACAAGUGCCAAGUGAGGAAGACUCAGACCUUGUUGUUGUGCCUAGUUCAGAAGAUGAGCACACAUCUAUUGAUGGAGGCUGGAAGCUCGUCGGUCGUGAAAGACGUCGCAUUUAUCGGCGUCGCACAAUGCUGGAACACACUGAUCCCCCCGAUAGGACUGAAAAUGUUGAUGCUGGACAACUUUCGCCUGUCAUAGAGUCACCAAUAUCACGCCCCAUAAGCCAAGCAUCAGGUCCUGGAGCAGUGGCAAUAAGCCGAAGUCGGACGCUGCCCUCCAAUCGAGAAUCAAGCACUGAUGAUGACAGACGCCGCGCUAGGGUGCUCAGGAAACAGAAGCGGACGUCAACUCAGCCGCGACACGUCAACUCACCUACUCCUAUCGGGGGCCGUGCGGAUGGGUAG